UUUUUUUUCUCUCUCUCUCUCUCUCUCUCUCUGUUCCUUCUCGCGUCGCGUUGGUUCCUUCUCUCCAGCGCAGGGAGGAGAACGAUGGAGGCGAGCGAGGAGGAGAGAGGCGUCAACAUCGACAUCUACGAAAUCCCAUUGGGGGAGUAGGUGUCUGUCGAUUACGUUCGUCCUCUUUCGUUAGCUCCUCCCGAGGUUCUUGUUCUUUUGUUGUUCUUGGUUGGUGAAGAAGGACAAAUUUUGAGGGGGGCGGCGGGGGAGAUACAGAUUGGCAAAUGGGCAAUUGCUGCGGCUCGCGCAAGAAGGAAGAGAAGUCGGAGACGCCGCUAACUACCACCUCCGGAGGUUUAAACCUUACUCAGAGCAGUAUCCACUCUUCAACUGCUUUGAGUCCAAGUGUUCAACCUCGAGGUGAAAAGUGCAGACCUGUAAGUCUCCCCACUCCAAGAUCUGAAGGUGACAUACUAUCAUCUCCGCAUUUAAAAGCUUUCACGUACAGUGAGCUUAAGAAUGCCACAAGAAACUUCCGUAAUGAUAGCCUCAUUGGAGAAGGGGGCUUUGGCUACGUGUACAAAGGGUGGAUUGAUGUGCAAACCCUUGGUCCUGCAAGGCCAGGAUGUGGAAUGGUUGUUGCUAUCAAGAAGCUAAAGCCUGAGGGUUUUCAGGGUCACAAAGAGUGGUUGGCAGAAGUGAAUUACCUUGGUCAACUUCAUCAUCCAAAUCUGGUCAAACUUAUUGGGUACUGCUUGGAUGGUGAUAAUCGACUUUUAGUGUAUGAGUAUAUGCCCAGGGGAAGUCUCGAAAAUCAUCUAUUCCGGAGGGGUGCCCAGCCACUUUCCUGGGCAAUAAGAAUCAAAGUUGCUAUAGGUGCUGCUCGGGGGCUCUCCUUUCUUCACGAAUCAGAGCAACAAGUCAUAUAUCGUGAUUUUAAGGCUUCCAAUAUUCUGCUGGAUUUGGAAUAUAAUGCAAAACUUUCAGACUUUGGCUUGGCAAAGGCAGGCCCCACUGGUGAUCGGACUCAUGUUUCAACUCAAGUGAUGGGUACUCAAGGUUAUGCUGCUCCUGAAUAUAUAGCAACAGGGCGUUUGACUGCACGGUGUGAUGUGUACAGCUUUGGGGUUGUGCUGCUGGAGUUGCUCUCAGGACGUCGCACUGUCGAUAAAUCAAAAGUCGGGGUGGAGCAAAAUCUCGUGGAUUGGGCUAAACCAUAUUUAAGAGAUAAGCGGAAGCUAUACCGCAUAAUGGACGUGAAAUUGGAGGGGCAGUAUCCUCAAAAGGGAGCAUUUAUGGCCGCAUUCCUUGCCUUUGAGUGUAUUGGUGAUGCCAAACAUCGACCUUCAAUGACCGAGGUCCUGGCGAGACUAGAGAAGAUUCCAGUGCCAAAAGAGUCGACGGCCACUGCUAGACAGGAGAAGCAGUUCGGCUCCUCAUCUCCAGGACUGAGAUCUCCAUUGCAACGCAACUGCCCUUCGCCGGCUGUCAGGACGCCAAGAGGAUCAUCCCCGUUGAUAACGCCGAGAACCCCGCCCUCCACCAUGAGAUCGCCUCGUCACUGAAGAGCUACGGCAGAUUCUUUUGUACCUCACACGUUUAACAGCAAUGUACAUCCUCCUCAUUUUCUGUAUCCCGUACUCUGGAUCAGCCAUUGUAAGCUUUUGUUUUGUCACAGUCUAACAAUGUAAGAGGGAAAAUUUUGAAUGGGGCUGGAGCUAGACUUCACUUCUUUCAUUUUCCAUGGGAGAAUUGAAAUAUCUCUGGGGUUCAUCCAAAUCA